AUGGACCAGGCAGAUAUACCGGCAUUGCUGUCGCGGUUGGCUAGCGACGAAGAUGCCGCGCGGAAAAUGGCAGUUUUUAAACUGCAAUCCUCUAUAAAUGACCCUUCCUUCGCCGAUGUAUUCAUCUCCUCUGGCGGUUUAAUUAUACUACGGCGUCUUAUCAUGAGUACCGGCGGCAAUACCCUCGCAUAUUCGCUACAAAGUCUCACUCGACUGCUUGAGGUGGACAUGGGAUGGGAUAUCUUCGAGGGCCCGACUGCAGGUGAUUUAGUUGAGCGCGUUGUCGAACUCAUCGUCACAAAUCCAUUGGUCAACAUUCUUCGAGGUGCUAUGUCCAUUCUCGUCGCACUUGUCAGCCAUUCGCAGUCUACCUCGUCAGGAGGACGGGUGCCUGUAUCGUUCGGCUUCCGCGCAUUAAAACCAGCGGUCGCCGUAUAUCCACAGUUCUUCGACCUCGUCAUACAGCAAUUAAACUCGGCGGACCACGCCCUCUGCGCCAACGCGCUUAUGUUGAUCAACGCUCUCAUAAGGGAUGCCGUCUCAGGCGAGUCUAAUCUCGACAGUAGUAAGACAGCUGGUACUGGGGAAGAGUGGCCUAAAUUUAUAAGGAGAUUACAAGAUCUGGGUCUAAUCAAGGCAGUAUACAACUUGAUGCAAAGUUCGGCACUGCAAGAUCUUGCACAUCCGCUGUUGGAGUUUCAGUCUCUUACGAAGGUGCUGCUUCAAAAGUGGCGGCAAGUUCAGGUUGACGUUGAAAGACCCGAACAUAGGAGAGCGUUAAAAGGGCUUCACCUUGCUAGCGCACCAAAUAGAGACCAUGCGAGUGGCGUAGGGAAAGUCGAAGAGCUUCAGGAGUCCGGAAAGAAGGGUAGCAGAAGACACAAUCCCGAGAAGUGGAGAAGGCUUGGCUUCGAGACUGAGGGUCCGGCGGCGGAGUUUAACAAUACGGGGUUUCUUGGGCUUAUGGAUCUUGCGGACUACGUGCGAAAGAACGAAGAUGGUUUUCAGAAGUUACUUCUGGAGCAGGCCACUAAGCCGCUUCACGAACGUUGUCCUAUCGCUAGAUCCAGUCUAGCGGUUACCCUUAUUUUGUACGAACAUUUCGAUUGUGAUAAAUCAGAAAUGGAAGACCUAAGAGAAUAUCAAUUAUCAGACGGAAAUCACCAAGACAAACUCUUCCGACCGUUACUUCUCCAAUGGUCUAGAUUACAUACUGCUGGUUUAAAUGCAUUCUUCAAGCUAUGGAAAUCUACAGGCGCAGAACAGGAGGAUUUUGAGAAGGUGGCAGAAUUGGUUCGUAUACUUGUCGACCAGGUUGUAGGACAGGCUGGCCGAUCAAAGGACGUCUUAGAGGUCGAGGAUGAUCUAGUUGAAUACGACUUAGGGCGGCUGCGCGAGCUCCAAAUGGAGCUCCUAGAACUCUCGUUCGACGACCAAUGGGGUCAGCACCUUUACAAAGUACGGGAAAGCUUAAACCAAGAGGCUCUCACAUUUAUCAAGGAACAACGUGUCCGAUGUCUCUUACAAGGUUGCUGGUUUUCGAAGCCAUCGACGCGGAAGGACGACCAAGGGAAUAAUGCAUCCAACCGCCGUGCAGCUAAUGGUACAAAUUGGAGGUACGCUAAAUUGUCGCACAACCGCCGCUAUCUGCACUGGGCCGAUUUUGCGUUUCGAACCGGGCCGGAGCCGAACCUGGAUGCGCUUAGCGAGAAGGUAGAUCUACGAGAAGUUAGCUCUGUCGCGUCUAACGUAUCUGCUCCGUCUGGUGAUGCGGGCGGCGAGACGAGCAACAGCACAAAGAUUACAAUAUUUGGCUAUCUUAAUAUUGACGAGGCCAACAAGGCUAAAGACCUGAGCGACAUAAAAGAGGAGCCAUUGCUCACUUUACAUCCUUUGAACCAUAGCCUAGCAUCGGAAUGGCUCGACGGCUUGCUAAUGCUGCUAGGCCAAACCCCUAUAACAGCAGAGACUAAUAAGCUCAUCAAGCUAGUACAAGACUAUGGCAUGAAGAUCAGACUGUUGAAUGUCCGGAUGGAAGCUACUUACAUGGGUCCACCAGAAGGUGCAGGCGUAGUGCCGAGUAGAGAGGAACUAAAUGACGAUUAUUGGUACGAAAUUUAA